AUGGCAAUCAAAUUCUCUGCCCUCGCGGCAUCUCUCGCUCUGGCGGCGCCAGCUUUGGCACAAAGCGUCAAUGGCGCGGAUUACAAUUCCCCCACUGGUGGUCCUCCAGCCAGUUUCUUCGCCGCGGGCUCGAGCAUUCCUGUGUCGGCACUGAAGAGCGCUGCUGCCAAGGCUAGUGUUGCGGCUCGAGACUCAACUUAUCCCGUCAAUGGCGACGGCGGCGCUGCCAGAGUCACGAUCCAUAGCGACUGGAGCGGCUUCAGCGAGGGUGCCGCGUUUGUCUGGACCGCUGAUAUGGAUGUGGACUGCGAUGGUCUGGACUACAAAUGCAAGGGCAAUCCCGAUGGUCAGCCAAACACCAACUUCGGUGCUCUGGCGGCCUACGAGGUGCCUUUCAUUGUCAUUCCGGACAAAUUUGCUACUACUUACGAGAGCGUUCUGCCCGGCAACAACAUUGGAGCCGUCAUUUGCGACGGUAAAAUGUUCUACGGUAUCUUCGGCGACACUGAUGGCGACAGCCCUCAGGUCAUCGGAGAGGCUUCGUGGUUGAUGGCCCGUACCUGCUUCCCUGACGACGACUUGAAUGGAAACAGUGGGCAUGGUGAUGUUGAUGUGACCUAUAUUAUGUUCACGGGGAGUGAUGCCGUUUUGCCCAAGAGCGCCCUCAACAAAAACUACAUCACCAACUUCAGUACGCUUCGCUCAAUGGGCGACAAGCUCAUGACUGCUCUGGCGAAGAAUCUCAACCUGAUCUCCGGAGGCGGUAGUAGCCCAACCACUUUCGCUACCACCACCACUAAAUCUGGCAGUGAACCAACUGGAAGCUCAUGCGCUUGGGCUGGUCACUGCGAAGGAGCUUCUUGCUCCGGCAACGGUGACUGCUCUGGAAAUCUUGCCUGCAUCAGCGGCAAGUGUGCAACGGACCCCUCUCUUGACGACUCUUGCGAUUGGGAGGGACACUGUGCUGGUGACUCUUGCUCAUCAUACAAUGACUGCUGGGAUCAAUUGGUCUGCAAGAGCGGAGUGUGCUCCAGUCUCUAG